CCUCUUUCCGAAUGUGGCAGAGGAGCGGUCUUCAUCUUCACCGUCCUAAAAUUGUCAAAUAUUGGAAGGGUUUAUACAAGGGUUUUAGUUAAUUUCCAGGUUCCGUAGGUGAAGAAUUUGGAUUCCAUACAUCCUCUGCUACUUAAUUGUUCCCUUGUACAAUCAAUCCCCGAUCGAAAGCACAAUGGGUAAAGCCAAAAAAGCUCCUAAAUUCGCAGUAAUGAAGAAAAUGGUCACUUCCAAAGCCAUUAAACAGCAUAAAGAGGAGGUUUUGAAUCCUAACAAAAAAGAUUUAACUAAAGAGAAGCUCCCUAGAAACGUGCCAAAUGUAUCGUCUGCACUUUUCUUCAAGCACAAUACUGCUUUGGGUCCGCCAUAUAUGAUAUUGGUUGAUACUAACUUUAUCAACUUCUCUAUUCAAAAUAAGUUGGAUUUGCAGAAAGGAAUGAUGGAUUGCUUGUAUGCAAAAUGUACUCCUUGUGUCACAGACUGUGUAAUGGCUGAGCUUGAGAAAUUGGGUCAAAAAUAUCGGGUCGCUUUAAGAAUUGCUAAGGAUGCUCGAUUUGAAAGGCUGCCAUGUACACAUAAAGGAACCUAUGCUGAUGAUUGCAUCGUAGACAGGGUCACCCAGCACAAGUGUUACAUUGUUGCAACAUGUGAUCGAGAUUUAAAGCGAAGGAUACGAAAGGUCCCUGGUGUUCCGAUCAUGUAUAUUACACAGCACAAGUACUCCAUUGAACGGCUGCCUGAAGCUACAAUUGGUGGAGCUCCACGAAUUUGAUGCAACAGUUGAGUUAAUUGGAACUUGCUCCCAGAAUGUGGAGUUUCUCGUCCAUGGCAUUGGGACAAGGUUCUGUUGAAGUCAUUCUGUAAUCUCUCUCUGAGGUGGUCCUGUUUGUGGCUGAUCCAAGUUAUUUAUGUCGCCUGUCAGAACUUUUGUAAAUGUUUCUCCUUUUAUGUUGCUUAAUUUACUUUUGAAAUGUUGUUUUUAGGUUUCCAUGUACUUGCAAAACAAAUUUUAUAUCAGUGAUGCAAGGAUAUUUGAGGAGCGAACUUGAAGAACAGCUACGGUGAUGUUAACAAAAACGUAGCUUCUAUAGCUUAAAUUCCAUACUAGAUGUUGCCAGUGUGUUUGAAGGUUGAACAGUAAGCUAAUGAAAAGGCGUUCUCUUCUUCUGAGCCAUCGAAGAAGUGAAUUUUAGUA